GACAGAUCCUAGCCGGAACUCGGUGUGAGCCAACCGCGGUGCUGCACACUCACCAUUGGCUGAGAGCUGCGGCAGGGGCAGACCCAGGCUUGCGAUUGGCUGUAGGGUGUCUGGAGGGCUUAGCGGUCGGCGGUAGCUGACAGUCAUGGAGACCUCGUCGGUGCUGACCCGGGGAGCUGCAAGGCAGCGGAGCCCCGCGGUCCCGGAGAAGCAGCCGCAGGACCAGCCGGAGCAGACGCCGGGGCGGCGGAGGCAGGGGCGGAGGAUCAACGAGGAUCAAGAGGAGGAAGCAGUCUUUAGAGAUGUGGUCAGUUUCACUCCGGAUCCUUUACCAGCUAGAUAUUAUGACAAGGAUACUACCAGACCUAUCAGCUUCUACCUGUCGACGCUGGAGGAGAUCCUGGCCUGGACCCCACUCAUGGAGGAUGGCUUCAAUGUAGCCCUGGAACCCCUGGAGUGUCGCCAGCCUCCACUCAGCAGCCCCAGGCCCCGGACCCUGCUGUGCCACGACAUGAUGGGCGGUUACCUGGAGGACAGGUUCAUUCAGGGCUCAGAGGUGCAGAACCCAUACUCCUUCUACCACUGGCAGUAUAUCGACAUCUUUGUGUACUUCAGCCACCACACGGUCACCAUCCCCCCAGUGUGCUGGACCAAUGCCGCACACAGGCAUGGGGUCUGCGUGCUGGGGACCUUCAUCACAGAGUGGCAAGAGGGUGGCAGGCUCUGCGAAGCCUUCCUGGCCGGGGAUGAACCCUCCUUCCAGGCCGUGGCCGAUCGGCUGGUGCAAAUUGCUCAGUUCUUUCGUUUUGACGGCUGGCUCAUCAACAUCGAGAACUCCCUGAGUCCAGCUGCCGUGAGGAACACUCCUUUAUUUCUCCAGUACCUGACCAAACAGCUCCAUCAGCAGGUCCCCGGAGGUCUGGUGCUGUGGUAUGACAGUGUGGUACAGAGCGGGCAGCUCAAGUGGCAGGAUGAACUGAAUGAACAGAAUCGGGUCUUCUUUGACUCCUGCGAUGGCUUCUUUACCAACUAUAACUGGCGGGAGGACCACCUGCAGCGGAUGGUAGCACAGGCUGGGGAGCGCCUGGCUGACGUGUACGUGGGCGUGGAUGUGUUUGCUCGGAGCAAUGUGGUCGGAGGCCGUUUCGAUACUGACAAGUCCCUGGAGCUGAUCCGCAAGCACGGCUUCUCGGCGGCGCUGUUUGCUCCUGGGUGGGUGUAUGAGUGUCUGGAGAAGAGCGACUUCUUUCAGAACCAGGACAAGUUCUGGAGACUGCUGGAGCGCUUCCUGCCCACACACAGUAUCUGCUCCCUGCCCUUCGUCACCUCUUUCUGCCUGGGCCUGGGUACUCGAAGAGUCUGCUAUGGCAAGGAGCAAGCAGUGGGGCCCUGGUACCACCCUAGCGCCCAGGAGACACAGCCCCUCUUUGGUGAACAUAAGCUGGCUGGUGACAGUCGGGGCUGGGUGAAGACGCACUGCUGCCUGACUGAUGCCUGGCACGGGGGCAGCUCUCUGCUGCUCCGAGGCCUGAUCCCGUCCGAGGUUGACAGCGUAGCUGUGAGGCUGUUCUCUCUGCACGUCCCAGUGCCACCCAAGGUUUUCCUGUCCAUGGUGUACAAGUUUGAAGGCUCAACAGAUGUCCAGGUGGCUUUGGAGCUCACAACGGGGGAUGCCAGCAGCUGUCAUGUGGGUGGCAUGUUGGUGUUAAAUGAAACUGGCUCACGGCACAGCCCCAGACCCCUCCGGGUACCCCCCACCAGGCUGGCCAGAUGGGUCAGCAGUUGUGGCCAGCAGCUCAGUGGGGGCUGGAUUCAACGCUGCUAUGAGGUAAACCUUCGUGGGUGCCUGCUCCAGGACCUCUUGGUGAGCUUCUCACGGCCGCCAGGCAGCCGGGAGGAGAAGAGCUUUAUCUGUCGCCUUGGAGAGAUCCAGGUGGUUGAUGCCAGCAGCCUUCUGGCCCCUCUGCCCCGGGUGCAGAAUGUCACCGUUUCUCAGAUACGAUGGCUUCCUCUGAUCACUGGGUCUGAGGGUCUCCCUACCCGGCUCCUCCUCAGCUGCACCCUGCACUGGUCCUACCUGCUGCCCCGAGCCCGCUGCUUCCGGAUUCACUGCUGGAAACGGACAGGAAGCAGCUCUGUGACAGAGUCCCCAGAGACAGAGAAGCCCACAUUCCUGGGCCUGGCUUUCGCCAACCAGUACCGUGUGGUGGACUUGGCUGUGGAGGCUGCAGGAUUUGGGCAGGAUGGUCGUGUGGAGUUCCUGGUGGAGCCUGUCCCCAGGGAGGGUUUCCUGGUGCCCCAGGCUGAGUGGGGAAAGGCGGUCCUGCUCUUCUCGGUCCCUCAGUGAGCCCACUCCAGAGCACAGCAUCUCCUCGCCCACCUCAAGACUGGAGGUUUCCUCUUGGCCAGCCGCCUAAGGCUGCGUGGACUGCUGAGGACAGCCGGAUCCCCAGGAGACGAGGUCUCCAGGUUCUGGCUGUGAUCUCAGGAAGCUCUGCCCCACCGGUGCUAGGCGAGUUACCUAGCACCCACACCCUUCUGUAAUACUCUCCGUGCAAUGUGGUUCUCAAGGGAGAAGGAGAAACUUUGAGGUUUUUUCUAGAAAAUUCCAUAAAGGCUAUUUCUCCUAGGCUGAAAAGAUGCUUCUUUUGAGAAUGGCGGCCGUUUAUCCUGUAGCUUUGACAAUCAGAGGCAAACCACUCGGGUGGCAGGCAGUAAGGCUCCCUGAAGACUGAGAGGACAGUUGGGGGAGGAGUGGGAGUUAGGGGUGCUCAAGGAGUAGCUGGAGUGGUGUUCCCCAGGACCAGGAGCACCAUCAGGUGACUCCUGGCACCACACCCCUACCUGUAUAAGGUGGGCCAGUCACAUGUCACACUGUAUGGAUGGUGGCUCUGGCAGCUGACUGUCCCAGGGAAGCCCAAGUUCCUCACCUGUGCGAUAUGAGGGUGCCAGCCACUAUCUCAUGUCCCCCAAGAGGCAGGUGAGCUUUGCCUGCUUCCAGGUACAGUGGCAUCCUUAGCUGUACCGAAGCCCUGCUGACACUAGACUGCGGGAGGGGGGGGGACUUCCUGCUGUGUGUCUGCAUCUGGGUGAUGAUCCCACCGCUUUCCCCGUUUCUCCUAGUGCUUCGUGCUCAGGGCACAGUAGAACUUUCAUCCUUUCUGUGACACAGCUCUGCGGUCUGACCUGUGGCCCUCAUGCUGUAGUGUGGGGAGAGGCUGCAAGAUGGCAGAGCAGCCUGUUGCCAUCUUCCGCGAUGUAGGGACUGGAUGGAUGGGGUUUCCUCAGAUUCCUGAUUGUGGGGCAAGGAGAGAGACUCCUGCCUGUAUGAGCUGGGUGCUACUCUCUCACCCCCAUCUUCCUUAAUUUCCUGGGCACCCUGUUCCUCUUGAGUGAAAUAUAAAGGUGAGGACCUAGAGCCCAAGAUUGGGAACAUUCUGCCCUCUUCCGUGUGGUUCUACCAGCUCUCACAUAGACAGGGUGCAGGGCAGGGCCUCUGGUAAAGCCCAGGCUACUACUGUAUCCUGGCAUGGCCCUGCCAGCCUUGUGCAGGAUGGGGGUGGGGAGAGCACCUGGAGCUAUGCUGGCUUUUCUCUGGUUUGUCAUCCAGAAUCUGUCCCGGGAGCCUUGGCUCACCCACGCCCAGCCAGGGUCCUGUGUGACUGGAGUGCAGUCAGUGGGGAGCAGGGCAGCAAUUCCCGAAUGCCCUGCUUCCUCAUGGUACAGAGCAUGCUUUUAAAAGUGCUGGUCCCUUCAAAUAUUUUAUGCAGAGGAGAGAAAAUUUAUAGUGGCAAUUAUUCCCUCACAGUCUGGUGAGCAAGCAAUUAGAGGGAAAGGGGCUUAGCGGAGCCAUGGCGUGAGGUAGAGCAGCGCAACCUCACUUCCCAGGAGCACAGCCCCCAGUCCCGGCAACGCUGGCUCCUGCGCAGGAAAAUUAAUCUGCCGGCAUUUAAGCCUAGGCCCCUCUGGUGGAUAUAAUCGCUCAGAAAUAAAUUAUCCGACGUGAAAAA